AUUAUAUGUUCGCUAUAUGAAUAGAGGAAAAAGCACGACUUGUUUCCAUGCAAGCCUGUUCUGUUUAUGCAUUCUGAAAAUACUGACCAGAUACUCCUGCGGUCAAAGCUGACCUCGUCUCUCUAUCACGCAGAUGAUCAGAGGGACAGCGGAGGCAGACAGGGCACUCAGACUGGCACUGCCUCUGCUCGGCUCAGAUUUUACCGCGUCCCCUGUUUCGACCAGCCGAGAUUAUUUAUAGCUCAGUCGUCACGCCGCCGUCCGUCCACCUGCACAAUCUCCAACCUGGCGACGCAGCCUCUACAACCCCUCACCCCCCUCUACUAAUCAAGAGAGAACAUUCCUUGGAGUGACCUCGUUGUUCUGGCAGGGACAUUCUCAUGUGAAGACAGUCAGUGAGAGUGGUUUCUCAGAGGAGGAGGCAGAGGAAGCGAGAGAGUUGCCUGUUGUCGUGGUCUCUCCCCUGAGUGGCUGAGGGGUGGCUCUUGGUGACAGGAAACACAAGGCUGGCGAUGAGACCUGACCGCUGAGUGGAGUAUGCUGCAGACGAUUUACGAGGGCGAGUCAAGUUUCUCCACAACAGAAGGGCACGUUGGACACCAGCAGCAGCCCACCCAGAGCAAGAUGCACAACGUGAACAACUCAGUUGACAUUAAGCCAGACGUGCCGUUGGCUGUGGAUCCCUUAUCUCCUUUGGACCUGCGCACAGAUCUGAGGAUGCUGGGGCCAGGAUCGGACCCAGGACUGUGGGAGAGGCAGCUGCAGCAGGAGUUGCUCAUCAUUCAGAAGCAGCAGCAGAUCCAGAAGCAGUUACUGAUCAGCGAGUUCCAGAAGCAGCAUGAGAAGCUGACCCGUCAGCACCAGGCUCAGCUCCAGGAGCACCUUAAGCUCCAGCAGGAGCUCCAGGCCAUGAAACAGCAGCAGGAGCUCGCUGAGAAGGAGCGUCGUCUCGAGCAGCAGCAGCAACAGCAGCAGCAGCAGAGCCAGCAGGAGAAGGAGCAGGAGAGGCAUCGGCGAGAGCAGCAUGUUUCCAGCCUCAGCCUCAGGGCUAAGGAGCGCUCCAGAGAGAGUCCCACAGGUGCAGUGGCCAGUACCGAGGUGAAGCAGAAACUCCAAGAGUUUCUGUUGAGCAAAUCCGCCAAAGACCCCGUGGGUAGUGGAGCCAGCCAUUCUUUCAUCCACCACCCAAAACUCUGGUACACGUCGUCUCACCACACGUCACUGGACCAAAGCUCUUCGCCUCUGGGUGGGACAUCUCCCACCUGCCACUACACUCUGCCGUCGCCUAUAGAGAGCAAAGACGACUUCCCCUUGAGGAAGACAGCCUCUGAGCCUAACCUGAAGGUACGAUCCCGGCUGAAGCAGAAGGUAGCAGAGCGGAGGAGCAGUCCAAUGCUGAAGAGAAGAGAUGGAAACAUCAUGACUCCUUAUAAGAAGAGGGCCCUGGAGCUAAUGGACUCUACGCCCACUAACAGUGCCCCUGGCUCCGGCCCCAGCUCUCCCAUAGGGGCCUCCAGUGCCUUGGGGGCUGAAAACGGACCCUCGUCUCUGCCUACCACCACAAAAACAGAGAGAUGGCCUUCACAGCCCAGAUUAUUUCGACCUGAGGGCUCCAUGUCCAUGCUGAGCUUAUACACUUCCCCCUCCUUACCCAACAUCUCCUUGGGGCUUUCAACUGCGUCCUCGCCCAUGAAUGCUGCCAUGGGGUUGAAAGACAGAUCAACAGAAAUCAAGCAUGGGCUGCCUGGAAAUCUCCUGGGCCCUGUGCCGCUUCACACAGGCCUGGAGUCUAAGGUGAGCCCCAGUCACCAGGCUCUCCUCCAACACCUCCUCCAGAAGGAGCAGAUGAGGCAGCAGAAGAUCCUCUCCACUGGCCAUGGCUCCAUGUCAUCUCUUCCUCAGUCCCCUCUGGCCGUGAAGGAUCGCCCCUCUAGCAGUCGGCCUAAACUACCAAAACACCGGCCCUUGAACAGAACCCAGUCAGCUCCGUUGCCUCAGAACACACUGGCCCAACUUGUCAUCCAGCAGCAACACCAGCACUUCCUGGAGAAACAGAAACAGUACCAGCAGCAGAUCCACAUAAAUAAGCUGCUGUCCAAGUCCAUUGAGCAGUUACGUCAGCCAAGCGCACACCUGCAGGAGUCAGAGGAAGAGCAGGAGGAGCAGCAGCACGGAGAGCAGAUGGAGAGCAUGCAGGAGGACAGGCUGCCCCCUGGAGGAGUCAUUCGGAAGCACACGCUCAGCAGUAGCAGCAGCAGCGGCUCGAGCAGCGAGCUCCAUGAUGUCCACUACGGGGUCAUCAAGGUGAAGGAGGAGCCGGCUGAUAGUGAGGAUGAGGCUUUGACCAAUCAGAGCUUAGAGUCUCAGCAGAGCACCUAUCUUCAUCAGGUCAAAGGGAGACUGGUGAUAAGAGCCAUGAUCUGAGAAGGGAAGAGGGUGAGAUCACACACUUGCAACAUUCGCAGAUGAACAAGUCUCUACAAAUGUGCAUCUACAUCCCGAAACAUAAACACACACACACACACACACAUAGCAGCCAUUGCACAGUAGGGCAGCUCUCCCCGUCACAACACAUGACCCUGUUUGACUCAGCUGAAGCCUCGCUCAUCCCACUGUCUAAGACUCUCUGUUUGUGAUCUUUUGUGUAGUGAUCUCUGUAAAAUAUGUACGUUUCACUUUUGUGUAUAUAAUAAGAAUAAAAUUUAGACCGUUCUUUUUAAGAGCUGCUUUGGUCAUCCAGUGACGAAACCUUUUAUGUACAAAUACUGUGGAUUUAGCGUCAAGGACGAUUUCUGGGGUGGGGGUGGGGGUGGCGGUUGAACAGGUGUACAGCUUUGAAGAGCCAACUUGUGUUCCCGUUGUGUACAAUUUUUUUGCCAUAUAAUAUUUGAAUGCUCUUUUGUCCACUCCCGCGAGUUGUCACAAAGACUGUGUGUCCGAGAGUGUAACACACUGUGUACUCUGUUGUUCUCAACAACUUGUGAUGAUGUUCCAUGUUAAGUGGUCUCAGAGCUGAAGUAAUGAACAUCUGUCUCAGGCAGAAUGUAUACUGCGGACAUGAGGAUGCUCCCACGUGCUCCCACAGUGCUGGAAGUGAUAUUGCCAUUGGAAUAUGGUCCGCUGCUCAUAUUGCAAUUUGAAGGUAAAAUCACUAAAUCCCUGCUCGGGUGUGCAGGCAUCUCCCAACACAUCCUGAGUCUCCAUGUCUCAGACUCUGAGCAGACACACAGCCAGGGCCGUCCUGUGUGCUAAGCUGAGCUCUCCUCGCUUUCUCCCUCUGGGUCCAAAUCAAAGCUCGGGCCGGGUUCCUGCCCAGCUUUCAGCAGAGGAGUCAGGGAGAAAGACAGAGAGGGAGAGAGAGAGAGAGAGGGCCGGGCAGGAAAUGCCUUCUAGAAGCCAGGAGUUGGAGUGAUUCAUGUGCGCAGGAAUGUUGAGAGAGGAGGACCUAGGGUUGGAGGAGUCCAAGGGGCCAGGCUUGAGAAUUGAUUUACUGUCAAGACGAAUUACAAAGUGAGUGGGGAUAUGGUUAAGAGAGUCCUUUUUAAAGGGAAUCACUUCCUUCGUAUUCCCCAGUGGCAGGGUUACCUCAAUAUGCAGGUUUGAUGUUGCUUCAACGAAAACCCAGGACGGGACCUUGCUUCUUCUUCUUCUUCUUCUUCUUCUUCUUCUUCUUUUUAAAGCCUGUUUUUUUUUUUUUCCCCUGAAAGUGCCCAUUGCAACAUGUAUAGUCUGUCUUAAAGUGAUCAUUUCAAUGUAUUGCAUAGCUGUAAACCUUCCAGUUUCAUUUGUACCGUCUACUCAGUGUAAAAAAAAAUAUGUUAGUAUGGGGUUCUGUGUUUGGAUUCCUGUGAAAAUCAAAACUGUCUUAUAUUGUACAUUCAGAUUGUCCAGUUGUAAUGUUUUUAGUGUAAGUAAACACAAUCAGAACAAUGUGA